UUCUUUAUAGCCGGACCCGUGCGGGUUCUCCGAUAUAAAUAUCUGGGCGCCGCUAAUAAGUAACAGGCAGCGGCGGCAUCAGGAGAUCGCCGGGUAGGUGUGUGGUGGUGGUUGGUUGGUGGUGCUGGUUGAAGGCGACGGGGAUCAUUUGAUGAUUGAAUAGAGCUGGCGUCGAACGCGCGCUCGGCUCGCGGAACGGUGGUCACCGAGUGACCUCGAUUUGUAAUCUCGAGCGAAUUCGCGGCUCCGUUCGCGUCGCGCGCAGGGUGACAGCGGCGAGGAGCCCAUCCGUGAGGCUUCGAGAGCAGAAGAUACGGGGCCGAUCUUGACACCGCCGGUACCGGUCAUCGCCAAGUCCGAUCAGCUCCACAUCCUCCAAUACCGCAUCAGCGCCAUCCCUUCCCUAGUCCGUGCCGCGCCCGUUUAACCCCACUGGCCAAACAGAAGUCGCUCAUCUACUCACCUACAUCCUCCCCCACCACCACCAUCACCCACAUCCUCCCCCACCAUCACCCACAUCCUCCCCCACCACCAUCACCACCACCAUCAUCACCACCCCUCCACAGUCGGGCACCAUGGCCGCCCCGGAGCUACUCAAUGUCCACUUCGGCCUCGUCACGGAGUCGGGCCGCUAUCUGACGGCGGAGCCGUUCGGCUUCACGGUGAACGUGGCGGGCCAGAGCCUCAAGCGCAAGCAGGUGUGGGCCCUCCAGGAGGAGGCGGCGGCGACCUGCCCGGAGGCCGCGGCCGGCGGGCAGGCCGGAGCAGACGCGGCCACCACCCCUGUGCUGCUGAGGAGUCACCUGGGGCGGUUCCUGAGCGCCGACAAAAACGGGAGGGUAUCGGCCGACUGCGACAAACCUGGGCCCGAGUGCAGGUUCUUCGUGUUCCCCCAAGCCGACGGUCGAUGGGCUCUGCAGUCGGAGCGCUACGGCCGCUACCUGGGACUCGGGUGCGCCUCGGUGGCGGGGGGCCUGGCCCCCCAGACCCCCAGCGACUCGGAGCCGCUGGAGUGCUGGGCUCAGACUCUGAGCUCCAACGAGCUGUGGGCUGUGCACCUGGCCAUGCACCCACAGGUGAGCAUGUACUGCGUGGGCAGGAAGCGCUACGUGCGUCUCUCCACGCCGACCCCCGCGACCCCCGCGGCUCGCGACGAGCUGCUGGCGGACAGCGCGAUCCCCUGGGGCGUGGACUCCCUCGUGGUGCUCGAGUUCAACCCGGGAGGCGCCUACAGCCUCAAGGCGUGCGACGCGCGCCUCCUGCGCAGCGACGGAGUCCUCGUGAACGAGGCCGAGCCGGGCACCGCGUACGUCAUCGAGUUCAAGGGGGGCAGGCUAGCCUUCCGUGAUCAUCAGGGCCACUACCUGGGGGCGAUGGGCCCCGCGGGGGUGCUGCGAGCGGGGAGGAAGCCGAGCACGCGGCCCGGCAAGGACGACCUCUUCAUGCUCGAGGACAGCCAGCCCCAGUUCGUGCUGCUCGCAUGCAACGGGCGCAUGCUCAGCGUGCGGCAGACGAUGGACGUGUCCGCGAACCAAGACGAAGAGACGGACACGGAGACGUUCCAGAUGGAGAUCGACCGCGGGAGCUCACGAGUCGCGUUCCGCACGUGCGGCAGCCACUACUGGGCCCUGGUCAACAACGGCAGCAUCCAGGCCUCCACCUCCGACAAAGGGGACAGCUGUUUCUUCGACAUUGAGUGGCGCGGGAAGCAGAUCGCGGUCAAAGCUCAGAACGGGAAGUACGUGACGACCAAGAAGAACGGUCGCCUCUCCGCCUCUAGCGACACCGUGGGCGAGGCCGAGCUGUUCAUGCUGCGCCUGGUGAACCGCCCCAUCCUCGUGCUGCGCGGCGAGCACGGCUUCAUGAACGCGCACCGCGGCGACGCGCCCACUCUGCACGCCAACCGCUCCUCCUACCAGACCUUCCGCCUGCACUACCGCAACGGCGCCUACGCAAUCCAGGGUCAGAACCAGCGCUACUGGGCGCUGAGCGGGCUGGACGUGGCGCUGUGCGGGGAUGAGCCCACGGACUUCUAUUUGGAGUUCGUCGGCUACAGCCGCGUGGCGCUCAGAGCCCCCAACGGACGCCUCGUGCGAGGCGACCAGGCCGGAGGGGUGCGGGCUGACGCCGACUCUGUGGAUUCCGAAUCUCUGUGGGAGUAUUGACCCCUCCCCCCC